GUGACGGAUAGCACGUCCUUAAAGCGCGCUUUGCCGAAAAAAAAGUGAUGUUAAUUGUAAACUCAUUUCCUUAAAUUGAUCCAAUCAUGUCUCGAAGUGUGCCUAUUGAAGAUCCAUUACUACAUCCACCAACACCGCCCAUCCAAGCGGAACAGACAGAACAAAAACAGGAUAGGACUGAACAACCAAGGUCAUCGCUUCAAUUUGAUGAUGGCCCCAUCCCUUUUCAAACCACUUCUUCAACAGAGGCGACCGCAAAGAACACAUCCAUCUUUGCGCCUAUACAAGCACAACCAUUAAGCAAGCCCAAUACUGUUCCUGUAAAGGCAAGCGCUGUUGGCAACGCAUCCGAAACCGAAGCUGCCUCGCUACCUAAAUUUGUUGAUCCUUUAACAGCAGCAGCUCUUGAACAGAACAUUGAAGGUACUGGCAGCAUUGAGAGUACUGUGAAUAAGGCCGCUACGACCGAGACUACGACUAUGAACACGAGCAUAGCUUCAGUUCCCUCAUCUCCAUCUACACAGGGAUCAGCACCGCUGCCCAAUAUCAGUAUCCCGACUGGUCAUAACAACAUCCCAACAGAAUAUCCUACACAUUUAGCAUCUCCGCCAUUACCUCAACGACCAUCUUCGAGAGGAGGAACACCAUUUGCAGCCUUCCAGAGUUUUUCAUCAGCUCUACAGCCUCCUUCAGCGUCAGAGGCUCCAGUUUCAACUGAUCUGAGUUCAGGAUUAGGCUCAAUAGUUGGCGGAAGUAUUGGACUCAGUUUUAAGGAAAGUCAACAAGGAGAUGAAGCAAAGGACAAGGCCAGGAAUGAUACUUCUACAACUACUGCAGCACAGCAGCAGCAACGGGCGAAGCAGAACCCCAUCGGGAUAUCCACCGCCAACAUUGCAGGGACUGGAAUAGGUAGUAUUCAGGAUCAGUCGGAUAUGGUGCACCAAGAAUUAAGGAGUCCUGAACAGCAGCAUCAUGCAUUAGAGCAGCAGCAGGAACAACAGCAGCAACAGCACCAACAACAACAACCACAGCAUCGCACUGAACGUAACAGCCAAAUGACUAUUAAGUUGGUUGAGCAAGGCCGGGAGCAAUAUGUUGGGUAAGGAAAAGAUAGGAAGGCAGAGAAACAGGAAGACAGGGAGAUAGAGUGGCAGAAGGACAGCAAAAAAAGGAAAACAAGGGAAAGAGGCAGAGACAGAGGAUAAGUCAUGGAAGGAUCUGGAGACUGACAUA